AUGAUCUGUCAAGACGAGCACCUUGUUGAAAAUCUAAACCGUGUAUUACCUAAUCAUAUCAGAAUAUGGGGCUAUGUGGAGACACAACGUACAUUUCAUGCGAAAACAAAAUGUGACUCUCGCGUGUAUGAGUAUUUACUACCUUCCUAUACCUUGAAUGCGUUUGAACGAAAAGAAUGGACUUUAGAGCCUAGCUCGGAUAAGGAUUAUAUGACAAGGACGGAGCAUGGUGCAGUUACCAAAUACAUUGCACCCACAGACCCUCAAGUGCUCAAGGCGUACAGAGUGGAUACGCCUAGCUUUGACAAAUUUAAACAGGCUAUGGAGCUUUUUCAAGGAACUCAUAACUUUCAUAAUUAUACCAUUGCCAAACCCUUUGCAGAUCCCUCUUGCAAAAGGUUCAUGAUGGAUAUAUCUGUAAAUGAGCCCAUGAUGAUUGAAGGCAUGGAAUGGAUCAGUGUCAAGCUUCAUGGGCAAUCCUUUAUGCUACACCAAAUCCGCAAAAUGAUUACCAUGGCCAUGUACUCUGUACGUACAAACACCCCACUUUCUUUCUUGGAAACGACCUUUGAUGCCACUAAAAUCAAUAUUCCUAAAGCACCGGCGUUGGGUCUUUUAUUAGAUCGACCUGUAUUUGGUUUAUACAAUGAGCGUAUCAAAGACAUUCCAAACCGAUCAUGUAUUGACUUUAGCCUGUACGCUGAUGCCAUUACACAGUUUAAGAAACAGUAUAUUUAUAAACAGAUUUUCGCACAAGAAAUGGCAGAACAAACUCUUUUUCUUACCUGUACCUUCUCUUUCUCUCUCCCACUCUCUCUCUAUAUAAAUACACACUUUUUUUUUAUAAAAAUGUCUACACAAUCUAUUGAUGAACUUGUGCAUGCCAUUGCCAAUAUUGCUCAUGUCGAACAACCCUGUCUCGAAAACCUGUUAACGAUCAAAAAGCUCGAGAUCGCAAAGGAACCUAUUGAUAAAGAAUACAUGGAUGCUGUCAAGAAAUGUGGUUUACAAGCAGAGAAGGAUCAUGCUGCUAGUGGGUUAAAGAAGGCAACGGAUCUAGUUGCUGAAUCUACUUUAAAGGUUCAAUCCGAAAAGGACAAGAUCCAUGAGGUAGAGGUCCAAAACGAGAAAUAUGCAAUUGAAUACCGUACCCUUCAAAAAUACCGUGAGGACCUGGAUGAUUUAUUCAAUGGUAUGGAUGCUUUGGCUGGCCAAAUCAUCAUGAAGAGUGACUUGCAAGAACUCAAGGACGAAUCUACUGAUCUCUUCGAAAAGAUCCAAAUUCUUGAAAAGGUCAAGGAAUUGAUCAAGGAAGCAGAUAUGGCUUUAUUAGAGGCCAUUUUGGAAUUACGUGCAUCCACUGCCAAAGAAAAGUCGAUGGGUGCUGGUAAAGUAUAUUUCCCUGAAACCGCCUUUGAAUGUCUUCAAGAAGCUCGUCGUUUAUACCCAGAUUUACCGGGUUUCAAAUCACCCACAGAAUACGUCAAGGAACAAGAUAAUACAGGUGCCUAUUACUCUCCAAUGCAGAAAUAUUUGUGGGAUGUUCGUAAGCGUUUAGGUGAAUUAAUCACUUGGUGUGCGGAUGAAGCUUUGGUCCUUUUGGAACGUGAAACUCAAGUUCAAGUCAGAUUAGGUCAAAAGACAGAUGAAUACAAUUAUGAAAGACGUAGAAUUCUUAAAGAAUCCAGUUAA